AGUCAUUGCCCGAAUUCGAAAGAGAAUUAAUUUCAACUUAAGAUUAACUCAUCCACACGUUGUGACGUCAUUAUGUCGGCAACGAAAACGGCAAACAAUGAAUUAUAAAAGUCAACAAAGCAAUGGAAACCACUUAUGGACUAUUAACAUAUGAUUCGAUUGCUGUUGAAAUAUAACAAACGCACACAAAUAGAUACGAAAUAGUUGUUGGAUUGUAUUUGGGCUACUAAACAUUUGUUAACCUUUCCUGUAUGAAAUAAAUUAAUAAGCAGCCGAAGAGUCUCUCAUAUGGAAGGCAGAAGCCAAGCGAAACAAACCAAACAAAACAAAAAGAAAAACAAUAAUAAGAAACACAAAACCAAAAAAUAAAAAAUAAACACAGAAACAAAAACAGAAAAACAAUAAAAAAGAAACACAAAAACAAAAAAAAAACAAUUAACAAAAAAAACAUAAAAAACAAACAAAGCAAGCGUAUUGAUUAUUGCGCUAAAUGCGGGGAAAUACAUACACUUAUGACAAACAGGUAAUCAGCAGCAGACGAAAAUUCAAAAGUCAAACCCGAAACUCGAAUUUCUAUACAGAAGCACGGAGGGUCACUGUCAAUUUCCAGUUUGCGCACUAAAUUUAAAAUAAAUACACGUGUGAAUCUCACUACACACACACACGCACGCACUUAAUAUCACAUUACUGGACAACAUCUCAAGCGGACAAUUGCUCACCAAAGUUUAAUGCUUCUGAUUUAGGCAAAAAAAAUGUUGACGCUGACAACCCGGAGAUGCAUUGCUCUCGCGACGCGUCUCGUCUCAUUUAGUUGAUGUUCAGUGGCGCUUAAGUGAAGACGUGCGAAAAGAUAGCUGACUUAAAUCAACACGCUUCCAACAGCAGACUAUUUUCAGUGAAAUUAAGUGUAAAUAUCAACAGAGCGCACGAUGAGCUGGCGCUUACGCUGCCUCGUGUUGACCGCUCUAGCUGUGUGGCAAGCGCAUGCAAAGCCAUUGAUAGAAGAUGCCACCUUUUCAGAUGUUGACCUUGUCGCCGAAGACUCGCAUGCUGAUGCCGUCUAUGUAGCAGCGCCGGCCCGCAGCAAACGCACACCACAACAUUUUGGUGGUAAUUGUGGCUUUAACGGUUGUGGUGGUCGAAACAUUUUCGGCUCAAAUAACAGUCCCGCAUAUAACAGUUACGCUUAUGCGCCUUAUAAUAAUGCGUUGCAGCCACCGGCAACGGUGGUGAAUCAUGUACAUCAACGUGACGGUCCGCCACCACCGAUUGUUCAGUCACAACAACAAUAUCGCCCCAUCGCUGUUGUAGUAUCUCAUCAACAUCAAGCAUCCACCGGCACUGUUGUGCAUCAUGAACAUCAACGUAACGGUCCACCGCCUCCAUCAACCCCCAUAUCAGGUGCUUAUACUGAGCAGUCAUAUAAUUCGUACUUAACACAAAACACUCAUCAACACCACCACCACCGCCAACAUCAUCAUCAUCAUCAUCAUCCACCCCUUCAUGAUUACGAAUAUGCUUCAAUGCCACCACAGCCACCGGUGUCAUCGGCUUCGCUAGCACCGCUAGAUUAUUAUGAUUAUAAUUCGAAUGAAUAUUCGUCAGGUUUUCAUAACCAUCCACCACCAGGGUUCCACGGAGGCAAUCCGUUUGGUCCACCUUAUGGAGCGCCACCUGGCUUUAAUAGACACCCUCCACAUUAUGGACCACCAGGUCACGGACCACCAGGUCAUGGACCACCUGGUCAUGGACCACCUGGUCAUGGACCACCUGGUCAUGGACCACCUGGUCAUGGACCACCUGGUCAUGGACCUCCAGGCCAUUAUGGACCUCCACCUCCAGACCGUUUUGGCCCUCCAGGUCAUUAUGGUCCUCCAGGUGAUUUUGGCCCACCCGACGGUGAACCACCCAAUUAUGAAGAACCACCAGAUUUUGGCAAUAGUUCCCCAUCUCCAGUUCCGUCUGCUGAACCAUGGCCUUCACAAGAAACUUCACCAGCACUUCCUCAACCAGCGGAAACACCACCGCCUCCAGCACCUACUCCGCCGGUGAUCGCGCCAGUUCCAAGCACUACACCGGCGCCGGUUUUGGUGACAGUGGCCCCAACCACUUCGACUACAACAACCACAACGACUGCCGAACCAUUUUACGACAUUGAUGUUAGAUUUGGCAACUAAGUAAAGUUGUUUUGAUUGUUGUAAAGCGCGGAAAACUACAUUAAAAAUUAUCCAAUAAUUGUGGAAACCAAUUUUGUACAAAAACUAAAGACUUUGUUUGUGUGAAAUGAGUGCGCCAUGUUCCAUCUAUUGUCACAUAUCGACACGAAAAUUUGGUUUUAUUACGGCAAAAGAGCUGCCAACACUCCUCAGCAUCAGAAA